AGUAUCAUUUCGUGGUUUAUGAAUUAUGAUAUGAUUUAUCUUUUUCAUCGUAAAAGUGUUUUUUUGCAAACAAAAGCAAAAGCAAAAGCAAAUGGGGAAAUCCAAUCUCGUAACUUGUGAGAGAGCCUGAGUGAGACCAUCUGAAUGCUCAAAUUUUGAGGAAGCCUUUCGUUGGGGACACCGAACACAACAAAAACACAAGUACACAACACACCUCUGAUGUUUGUUUGAUCGGACGGUGGGGGGAGAAGAAGAUGAGCUCGAGAAAGACACCGGCGACGAGGACACGUGUGGGGAAGUACGAGCUUGGUAAAACUGUGGGUGAGGGUAGCUUUGCCAAGGUCAAGUUCGCCAAGAACGUUGAGACCGGUGACAACGUUGCCAUUAAAAUCCUCGAUCGCGACCAAGUCCUCCGUCACAAGAUGGUUGAACAUCUAAAAAGAGAAAUUUCGACAAUGAAGCUGAUCAAACAUCCAAAUGUUGUUAAACUUUUUGAGGUUAUGGCAAGCAAAUCAAAGAUCUACAUCAUUCUCGAAUUUGUUGGUGGUGGCGAGCUCUUUGACCAAAUAGCCAAAAAUGGAAGACUUAAAGAGGAUGAAGCGAGGAAAUAUUUCCAACAGCUCAUUAAUGCUGUAGAUUACUGCCACAGUAGAGGCGUGUACCACAGAGAUUUGAAGCCUGAGAAUCUUCUUCUGGAUUCAUAUGGUGUUCUUAAAGUUUCAGAUUUUGGAUUAAGUGCAUUUGCACAGCAAGUACGGGAGGAUGGGCUUCUUCACACUGCCUGUGGGACCCCCAAUUAUGUUGCUCCGGAGGUUCUACAUGAUAAAGGUUAUGAUGGUACAGCAUCUGAUAUUUGGUCCUGUGGGGUCAUUCUCUUUGUACUUAUGGCUGGGUACUUGCCAUUUGAUGAACCAAAUCUCAUAGCUUUGUAUAGAAAAAUUUCGAAGGCUGAAUUCAUGUAUCCACCAUAUUUUUCACCUGGUGCAACGAAACUGAUAAAGUGUAUUCUUGAUCCUAACCCUCUUACACGGAUAACAAUUCCUGAAAUCUUGGAGAAUGAAUGGUUCAAGAAAGGGUACAAGCCAGCAUACUUUGAAGAGGAGCAGAAUGUAAAUCUUGAUGAUGUAGAUGCUGUCUUCAAUGACUCGGAGGAACAUCUUGUAACAGAAAGGAAGGAGAGGCCUGUAUCCAUGAAUGCUUUUGAACUUAUAUCUAGAUCCCCAAGUUUCAAUCUUGAAAAUUUGUUUGAGAAGCAGACGGGUCUUGUGAAGAGAGAAACCCGUUUCACUUCCCAGUCCCCAGCGAAUGAAAUUAUGUCUAAAAUUGAGGAAACUGCAAAGCCUCUUGGCUUUAAUGUUCACAAACGAAACUACAAGAUGAAGUUGCAAGGUGACAAAACUGGAAGGAAGGGCCACCUUUCUGUUGCAACUGAGGUGUUCGAGGUGGCUCCCUCCUUGCACAUGGUGGAGCUGCGAAAGACUGGUGGUGACACACUGGAGUUUCACAAGUUCUACAAAAGUUUCUCAUCAGGAUUAAAAGAUAUAAUGUGGAACACCGAAGAAAAUACUGAAGGAUUGAAGUCACAACAGGAGUCCUGACCAUUUAGCCUAUUGUGCGUUUAUGUCUGAGUACUGACUACCAACUAUGAAUAGUGAUCCAUGGAAGGUGUUUAUGUUUGGAGAAAAGUAGAAGGAUGUCUCCAUUUAUGUGGUUUGAAAAGGUCCUUUGUAAUAUGAAAACAAGCCGUCAGAACUAGGGUCUUGGUUUGGGUUUUUUUUUUUUCCCUUACAAGAACUGAAACCAGUCCCUGAUCAGAACUAGGGUAUUGGUUCUUUUUCCUUCGUUUUUCUUUCAACUAUUUUGAUGAAUUGAAAUCGGGUAAAUUCUUUUACAAAUUGAUACAAGAAUGAAGAAGUGAGAAAGCUGUUUCUUGUUACAAUGAAAAACGAGAUAUUGGAACU